AUGCUGAUUUCUUUGAAAAGCGCUAUUAAAAUACAGUACGACUUUGCAGAAAUCGAUGAUCCUGUGGAUCCGGACAAGACUGGAUACGGUGUAGUGAUCUGUGUCUUUGAACCGAACAAUAAUAAGAUGGCACGUGAUCAACUGUUCGUGGUGGGGAAUCGUGCAUUUGAGAAAAAUAUUUCUAUUAAGACUUCAUACAGUGCACUUGCGGAAAAGGCCCCAUGGCCGAACUAUAUUCUGAUCCCGGAGUGGAAAGAGGAUGCCAGACAGCGCACUCUACGCAAUUUUGUUGAUAUGUGGUUGCUGUUCCCUUAUGCUCUCAUUCCCGCUAUCAUGCAUGGUCCUUCUUUCGGUGUGACAUUCCUGAAAUUCGCAAUGGAGUUACUCUAUGAAUGGCUUAAGGAGAGCGGCCUCCUCGAUGGUGAAGGAGACUCCACUUUCAUACAUCACCUAAUAGCAGCUGCUCUGGAUGCGCUGCCGUGGUUCGUUCUACUUUUUCCUCUUGUUCAAGCUAUCCUUGCUGUGAUCUGCAUAGAAAUUUUUAGACAGCAGUUCUUUUUCGUCUUUACAUGUGCGAGAGUGUACGAUGAACCCGCCGUUGCUGCUCCCAAGAUUUUCAAUGGAUGGGUUUCAAAAAUUUCACCACAGUGGUGCCAUGCUCCUCUAGAAACUGUUAAAAUGGAAGGUGGAUCGGGAUAA